UGAGUCUAUCUGCUCUCUUACUGGAAAUGUUGGCAUGUUUUAAGAUGACUGACAUCUAAUAAAACUCUUCAUUCAUGUCAGUUUUUCUGUGAUUUUUAUGAUGAAUGCAGGAUGAAGCUUUUGCAUUCUUCAGUCACUCAUUAUGCGUAUGCUGUUAUAUUAAUAUACAGAUGUGUCAUCUGACAUGUUUCUCUGCAUGUCUUUCACACACAUCUCAACGCUUUCCGCCCUGUUAGCUGUGCAGUUGGGUGGAACUGUUAAAGAGAAUAAGGAAGAAGAGACGUGAGAAAGACCGAUGUAGGGUGUGUGUACUUCUGAUGAUAGAGACUUAAAUCGCAUUCAAGGAACAUUUGAUCAGUUCUCUGGAUAUCUGUGUGACUGAAGUCAGUCUGGAAUGAGGGCUGCCAUCAUCAUCUUCAUCUUCAUCACUCUCUGCCUGAUCUCAGGUCAGGUACUUUGUUUCAUGUUGAUUGGAUGCGCUGGAGGGAGUUUGAUGUUCAAGUGCAUGAUCUCAAACCAGAGAGAGACUAAUGAACAGCAUAAAGGAAAAGUGGGCAUCAGUACUGAGAUUCAGCAUCGUUGGGAUUAUAACGGGAGAUUCACUCUGUAUGAUGAUGAAAACAGCAGAUUCUUCACAGUGUUUAUCAGGAACCUCAGCAGAGAGGAUCAUGGGAAAUAUACAUGUGGAAACAAUCAGAAAUGGAGUCAUGAUUUUGACUUAAAGGUGAACAACGAGUCUGGCUGUGGGACGUCUGUUAUCCUGGACAAGUAUGUUGGACAAACGAUCACUUUCCACUGUGAAUAUGAUAAGUUUAAAUCACACACCAAAGUCUUCUACAGACUGAAAGAGGGUCCUGUCCAUGUGCUGAACAGCUCACAAUCAUCACAAUCAUCUGAGGAGAAGAUCAUUCUGUCUGACAGUCGUAAAGAUCAUUUUAAUGUGACCAUUAGAAACAUUUCUGCAGACGACGGAGGAGUUUAUUUAUGUGGAGUGGAGAGAGACGGAUCAGAUGAUCAACCUUCAGAAACAUCAAUUACUCACAUAACCUUCAUUAAAGAGAUUCAGCUGAAUGUUUAUGGUGGAAUCGCUUCUGUCCAGGUUCAGGCCUACUCCAGUAAAUCAGUCUUCAUCACGUGUAAAUUUCCACAAGAGUUCAGAAGAAACAAGAAAUUCAUCCAGAAAGAUUCAUCACAGAAGAUUAUUGUUGAUGAACAGAAUCAAUGGGUCCAACAUGUUGAUCAUUUUCGUGCAUCAAGUAAAGCAUCUGCUGUUAUUGGUGAAAGUGUGAAACUCACCUGCGAUUUCCCUGAGAAACACGGCGAGACCUUCAAACACAUCUGCAGAGAGAACGAGCAGAAGAUAUGUGAGAGCAUCAGUUCAUCAGAGCAGAAACGCUUUGAGUUUUCUGUCAGUUCAGCAGGAGUUUUUACAGCGAUCAUCAGUAAUGUGAGCGAGAGAGAUGCUGGAGUUUACUGGUGUGGAGCAGAAACCAGAGACACACAUCUGACUUCUGUCUCUCUCACCAAUCAACAUCACCUCACUGUGACCAUGCCUCCAGUGGUCGGACGUGAAGGAGAUUCAUCAGAGAUCAAAUGCCCUUAUAAUGCAAAACAUUCAAGUGAAGUAAAGCAUCUUUGCAAAGGAAAGUGUUUCACUGAAGAUGCUCAAAAUAUCAUUCGAUCAGAUGAAGCUAAUAAACCAAAGAUUUCAGCAAAGGAUGAUCCUGAACUCAAUCUCUUCACUGUGACCUUGAGUGAGCUGAGAGCAGAGGAUGCUGGGAUAUACUGGUGUGCAGUGAGAGAUGAGUUUAAUCUUCACACUGAUCUCAUGAUCGUCAUGAAAGAUGCGGUCACUCGUGAAGCGUCUGUCGGAGGAUCAGUGUCCAUCAGCUGUAAGUUCAUCAGGAAUCACAUGAGGAUUUUCUGCAGAGGAGAUCAGCCGAACAUCUGUGUGCGAGACGGAGUUCGUGUUUCAUCGAAUACGAGAACAAAUGGCCGAUUCUCUGUGACUGAUGAAACCUCAGCUGGAGUCUUUACUGUGAACAUCACCGAUCUGACAGAAGAGGAUUCUGGGAAAUACUGGUGCGCAGAGGAGAGUUCUGGGUCGUUCGUUUUCACUGAAGUUCAUCUACAUGUGAUCGGAGGCUCUUCUAUGAUAGUUGCUAUUUCUGUGGGUUUGAUCCUGCUGGCUAUGUGUUUAGUGCUCGUGUUGCUCAAAAUAAAAUACAACCGUAAACACGGAAUCAUUUCAUCAUCAGACAGAAGAGAGACAGGAGAUCAUGAUAUGGUGAGUUUCAAAACUGACCUGUUCUUGAAUAUGAGAAAGUGCCAGUAG